AGGCACACAAACACGGCGGCGCGCAUCCAAGUGGCAACUACCCAGUGAAAAUUCAAAAAAAAGUGCAAGUCCAAGUCCUGAUUCAAAAGUGUUUUUUAAAAAGUGAAUUUCAAAGAUCAGACAAACUUAUCAAGUUCAUAUAGCUAAUAAAAAAGUGAAACUACAAAGACAAAAUGGUCAAUCAGAGCAAGUCCAAAAUGUCGCUGUCCAAGAUCGACUCGGAGAUCGAGCAGGUUGACCAGGAGAAGUACCUGCGCCAGGCCACCAGCUACUACCAGGCUCUGGAGAAGCCCCUGAAGUACGGACCAGCGGUGGAUUCCCUAAGCGACUUGGUGUCUGCCCUCCACCGGGAGUUCGAGUCCAACUACGUCAACAUCGAGAUGGUGAAUCACCUGAUGCUCACCUACAAGUCGAAUCCGCGGGAGUGGCGCAAGUACGCCAAGUUCGAUCGUUAUACGUACACCCGGAAUCUGGUGGAUGCUGGCAAUGGAAAGUUCAAUCUGCUGAUCCUGUGCUGGGGCGAAGGACAUGGCUCCUCCGUGCACGACCAUGCCGAUUCUCACUGCUUCAUGAAGAUGCUGAAGGGGGAUCUGCGCGAGAAGCGCUACGAGUACCCCAAUAGAUCAGCCAGGGACACCGGGCGAUCUCAUCAUCCCGAUGGCGAGAUCGAUAGCCGAGAGCUGGUGGAGAUCGGUGAGACACCCAUUGCAGUCAACGAUGUGGCCUACAUAAAUGACAAUCUGGGCCUGCAUCGCGUGGAGAAUCCCAGCCACUCGGACACCUCCGUCUCCCUGCACCUCUACUGUCCGCCCUUCGACACGUGCUCCGUGUUCCAGGACAACCUGAAGAAGACCACCGCAAAGGUCACGUUCUGGAGCAAGUACGGCGUGAGGACGAAGCAGAACGAGCAGUAGACUCUGAGCCAGAUCCCCAAAUAUAGUUGCUCGUAUUGUUGCAUAUUACUAAGAAUCUUUAUUACUAGAUAUUUAAUGAGCUAGGGCCCAAGAAGAUCCGGGAGCUUGGAGUUCAAACAGGCUGAGCGAGGGCCACGUGGGCGCUGAUAAGCCUUCCCACGAUAAGCCCUCCCCGGAUCGCAGUUUCGUUUAGUGUAUCUUUAGUGUUAGCUGUACCAAAAAUAUUCAAUAAAUAAGUGUAUCAUUGA